CAUAAAUACUACGAAUUAGUUUAUUUUACAUAUUUUCUAUAUGCCAUACUCCAAUUUAUAUAUAUCCUCUUGUAUUGUUAGUUGUUACUGAUACUAGCACUACCUUUCAAUAUGGCUGCUUCUUCCACUAAAACUAAAGUGUCCCUCAAACUUCUUAUUGAUACUAAGAAUGAGAAAGUUCUGUUCGCCGAAGCAUCGAAAGCUGUGAUAGACUUUCUCUUCAAUUUGUUAUGCUUGCCAAUUGGUACUGUUGUUAAGCUCCUAACUACUAAUUCCAUGGUCGGUAGUUUAGGUAAUCUCUACCAAAGUGUUGAAAACAUGAAUGAUAAUUACAUGCAGCCAAACCAAAGUAAGGAUGUUUUGUUAAACCCAAAAUCUCACAGCUCUUCAACUCAAAUAGAUGGCUUCAUUACCCAUAACAAUGUCAAUGAUGACAAUGAUGGAACUGACUUAUUCGUGUGUCCCCAUAAGUGUUGUUUUGAGGUCACGAAUGAUAAAACAACUCAGUGUUCCAAUCGGUAUGAAUCACAUCGUAUGUCCCAACCAGUCACUUACAUAAAAAAUGAAAAGGUUGCUGAAAAGAGAACUACCAUUAAGAGUGGUUUUGUGAAAGAUGUUGUCACUUUCAUGGUGAUGGAUGAUUUGGUCAUUCAGCCUAUGUCUACAAUAUCUAGCAUUACUUUGCUCAACAAAUUCAAUGUCAAAGAGAUUGGUACUUUGCAGGAAAAAGUGGUUCAAAUGGGGAUGGAUGAGGGUAUCAAGUUGCUUAAGGCUUCUCUGCAAUCCAAGAUGGUUUUGACUAGUGUUUUCAUCAACAAGGGAAACUGAUAUUAUGCGAGGAAUAACAUGAUGGGUCUUUUAUAUAAAAGAGAACUGAUAUUAUCUCAAGAGAAUGUGUCAUUUUGGUUUUUGUUGUAGUCAAUGACUACCAAGUUUCUGUUCAAUGCUUUCUACUUAAUUCUUGAAUAAAAAUUUCUCUU